CGCCGGCCGCAGCCUCAACGACUCGUGGGCCUUCUACAAGUCGUUCUCGCCGUCCGACGUGCUCACGGCGCAGACGCUCUUCAUUACGCCCACCAAGAGCGUGUUCACCAUCGAUAGCCGCACCUCCCAGAUUCUCAUGUGGAACGACAUGGCCGCCGACCUGCUGGGCUACUCGGGCGCCGAGCUCAGCCAGCUGCGGCUGAAGGAGCUGUUCGUGGCGGCUGAGAGCCGGCCCCGCAUGGAGGAGGCGCACCUCAGCUCCGAGGGCAGCGUCGUCGUGUUCGCCGGCAACGUGGUGGAGGUCAUGACGAAGCGGGGUGACGUCAUCCCCGUGUCGUUAUGGCUGCGCAAGAUCGAGACGAGCAGCGCCGAGCGUCGCUGCGUCGCCGUGCUGGAGCCGGUGCAGCGGAAGACCGUGCAGAUGACGUGUGAUCGGUUUGGCCGUCUGUCGGACGUGUCGGGCUGCGUCAGUGACCUGUUCAGCCAGGAGCCGGACGAGUUUAUCGGCCUGAAGGUGACCCACUUCAUUCCGUCCCUGAAGCUGCCGUCGGACCUGCCCACCGUGCCCAAGGAGCUGCGCGUGCAGGAGGUGACGGCCAAGCGGCUGGACGGCAGCAGCUUCCCGGUCAGCGUGCGGCUGGCGGCGGCGCCGCCGUCGGCUGACGCCCCCGUCCACAGCGUGUCGUUACGCGUGCACGCCUACACCAGUCUUAUGGGACUUGUAGUCAUGGACGAGCACCUGAAGAUCAGAAACUACAACCAUAAUUUUAUAUCACUGACGGUCGGUUACGAGAAGGGCGCACUCAUCGGCAAGGUGUUCUGUCCGUGCUCUGUGCUGGGCUGUGGCGGCUCGGCGGCGCUGACCGACGUGCCCGCCGCGCGCAGGACAUCCCGCGAGCUCAUCCCCACCUUCGAGGAGGACAUGGAGAUGCUGGACAGCGAUGACGAGUCGCUGGCGCUGCCGCCGCUCGACAUCACCUACGACCUGUGCACGGUGGGCCUGGACGACGACAGCAUCGUGUAUUGCCUGUGGGUCGGCCAGGACCGGCCCGAGCCGCGCGACUCGCUGCUCUCCGGUGACCUGUCGGCCGGAGUGGCUCACUUCAGCCUGGGACAGGUGGGCACGGCCGGCCGCUACUACACCACCAUCCAGCAGAUCGGCAAGGGCGCCUUCGGCUUCGUCAAGCUUGGGUACCGCAACGGCGACCGCAUGCUGGUGGUCACCAAGUUCAUCCGUCCUCGGCUGCUCUCGAUGCUCCACCACCGGCACAUCAUCCGCGUGGUCGACCUGUACGAGAACGAGCAGUACCUGCAGAUGGUGAUGGAGCGGCACGGCUGCAUGGACCUGUUCGAGUUCAUUGACCGCGACCCGGCCAUGGACGAGCCGCUCGCCAGCUACAUCUUCCGUCAGAUUUGCUCGGCGCUGGAGCACCUGCACUCGCUGGAGAUCCUGCACCGUGACGUCAAGGACGAGAACGUCAUCAUCGACUCGACGUUCCACGUCAAGCUGAUCGACUUCGGCUCGGCCAC